UCAAAAUCUGUGACGUCACGCCUUUCCCGUGGUGCUUUGGAAACCCAAAUUGAAUGCUCGACUAAAGAAUAUAUUUGUAUUCUAUUAAUUCCUGUUUUAAAGGCAUACGAAAAGACCUGAGUUUGACACGCCUGGACAGAAGGAGCUCACCGGCACCAAAAGAGGAGAGUGUAUCAGAUAAAGGUAUGAUGGAUCAGGACUAUGAGUGCCGGCUACUGAGACAAAUAAAUAUUCAAAAUGAGAAUGCAAGCCCCAUAAAAGCUGUGGGAGCGGUGCGAUCUCUGACACCCACCAGCUCCCCCCUGUCCUCUCCCAGCAAGCACGGUGAUCGCUUCAUCCCCUCCCGGGCGGGAGCCAACUGGAGUGUCAACUUCCACCGCAUUAAUGAAAUUGAAAAGUCGCACAGUCAAAAUAGAAAAACCAAAGAUGGGACAACCGACAGCAAUAAAGUGGAUGGUCUGGCUUACUCUGCUCUGCUGAAGAACGAGCUGCUAGGAGCGGGAAUCGAGAAAGUUCAAGACCCUCAGUCUGAAGACCGUCGAUUGCAGCCAUCUACUCCUGCCAAGAGGAGCCUUUUUAGUUAUUCUGUAAGUACGAAGAGGGCUCUACCAGAAGAAGACGGCAACACGGUUUCCCCGUAUUCUUUAUCACCCGUCAGUAGCAACAGCCAAAAAUUGCUACGGUCACCAAGAAAGCCUACACGCAAGAUUUCCAAAAUUCCCUUUAAAGUUUUAGAUGCUCCAGAGCUUCAGGAUGAUUUCUACCUCAACCUGGUGGACUGGUCCUCUCUGAACGUGCUCAGCGUGGGGCUGGGUACCUGUGUUUACCUGUGGAGCGCCUGCACCAGCCAGGUGACGCGUCUUUGCGACCUCUCUGUAGAAGGAGAUUCGGUUACGUCAGUGGGCUGGUCAGAGAGGGGUAACCUGGUAGCGGUGGGCACUCAUAAGGGCUACGUCCAGAUUUGGGACGCGGCAGCAGGGAAGAAGCUUUCUGUAUUGGAGGGACACACGGCCAGAGUGGGUGCUUUGGCGUGGAACGCCGACCAGCUGUCGUCUGGAAGCCGCGAUCGUGUGAUCCUGCAGCGGGACAUCAGAGCGCCACCUCUGCAGUCGGAGCGCCGUCUCCAGGGCCACAGGCAGGAAGUCUGCGGGCUCAAGUGGAGCACGGACCACCAGCUUCUGGCUUCAGGUGGAAACGAUAACAAGCUACUUGUGUGGAACCACUCGAGCGUGCUGCCCGUGCAGCAAUACACAGAACACUUGGCUGCAGUGAAGGCCAUCGCCUGGUCGCCCCACCAGCACGGCCUGCUGGCCUCAGGUGGCGGCACGGCUGACCGCUGCAUCCGCUUCUGGAACACUCUGACCGGCCAGCCGCUGCAGUGCACCGACACCGGCUCUCAGGUCUGCAACCUGGCCUGGUCCAAGCACACCAAUGAACUGGUUAGCACACAUGGUUAUUCCCAAAACCAGAUUCUGGUUUGGAAGUAUCCCUCUUUAACCCAAGUGGCAAAACUCACCGGGCAUUCCUACAGAGUACUCUACCUGGCCAUGUCACCCGAUGGAGAAGCCAUCGUGACCGGGGCGGGAGAUGAAACGCUUCGGUUCUGGAACGUCUUCAGUAAAAUGAGAUCCACUAAGGAAUCGGUGUCGGUGCUGAACCUCUUCACCAGGAUCCGGUAGUCUGUUCUGCAAGGGAGCGGCGGCGGGAAGGGGGAUUCAUCUCUGCACGCAUCGCGUUGUGACCGGACCAUCUUCAGGAGGGGAGGCGGGGCCCCCUUCCCCUCCACUUCCUUUUGAAUAAUUUAGUCGUGUUGUAGCUGAGGUUGGGAGGUGCUGCAGAGAUGCACAGUCAGGUUGUGGAGAGCUGUAGGGAGGAGUACAGCGCACACAGAGUGAACCACUGCCUCUGCCAACAGACCUGUGGUCCCCGACCACGGGGAGCAUUCUGGAGUCGUCUGUGUGAUUGUUUUGUUUACAAACUGACUCUGUGCAUACCUGCCAAAAUAUAUUACGUUUGUCCUUUUGAUUGUUUGUUUAUUUAUUUUUAACACUUUUUUUUGUUAAAGAUAUAUUCUGAUGGAUUUAUUUUCAUGUCCGUAGCUUUCAGUCUAUUGUCUGGACUAAGUCUGGAUUUGUUCAGGUUUGUUGACAGGAAAUCCUUUUUUGUUUUUUGUUAUUCAGUUCUGAUGUGUCUCGCAUAAAGACUACAAAUAACAUCAACCAGUUUUGCUUCGAAAUCUCAAGACAAGUCGAUUUCAUUUUUUUUAAAAAGCCUUAUUUUUUUUAAACAGAGUUCAUUUUAGGAUAAUAAGUGUUCAGGCAUUAUUUCUCAAUAUCAUAAGUUAAAGAAGAAAAGGACUUAUGGAAAACUGUACAUAAGGACAAUAUUACAGGAGUAAUUCCUGUGAAGCUGUAUCGUUUUAGUCUGACUUGUAUGGGAUUCUUUUUUUUUUUUUAUCUUAUUAUCCUUUAGUUCAUUUGUGGAUUAUUGGACAAGGAACAUUUUUUUAAAAGUCAGUUUGGUUCAUCUGUGUACUUUGUAACCACAACUGAACUUUACAGUUUGAAAAAAGAAACAAAAUGAAUAAUCCGAACAAAUUAUGUUUGCAGAACUUUUGCGUUAUCUGCUGAGAUGCUUGAGCCCAACGCCCUUCAGCCAUGGUUUUUGGAUAAACAUAUUUUACCGUAUCAUAUCACCUGCUUUCAUUUUCUCCCUGGAAUGUCAAGUUGAGGUGCCAGGUUUAAAUGAAUGACUUUUAUUUUUCUAUACAGUGAAGCAUGUUUGAGGAAAAGAUGAGCAGAUUUGCUGCAAACAUCUCAUUUGAUGCCACUUCAAACUUAUCCUGCCAAUGUAAAUUAUGGAAAGACUGUUUAAGUGGAAAACUUUCUGUACCAAGAUUUGAUCAGCAAAUAAAUGCCCAUAUCUUGUCAAGUCU